AUGGACGCCGUGGAGAGAAGGCCGUGCGACGUGAAGCUAUUUAAAGAUAAUCGCUACGUAUGGCUUCAUUGUACCGAUUUGGAAAGCCGAUUCGAGCUUACAGUCAAAAGCUUCCCACUUUUGAAGGUCAAGCUUGUUUACGGCCACUUUUCGUUCAUGUGGGAUUUGUCGGAACGAAGACUAGUAAUGUUGCCCGACUCGGAUGAUGCGAUGUCGAAAUUAACUGGAGUAAAAUCGCCUUGUUGUAUCGACGUGAAGUCAAGUGCCGUAUUUGAUGUGAGUAUUUUUUCCUUUCUAAGGGUUGAACCCAAUUUGAUUGUGUUUUUACCCAUUUGUUGGGUACAUUGAGUUUCACCCGAUGUCUUAUCUCACCUCUUUCCGCAGCUUAAUAAGCUCAGGUCUUCUUUGCUUUCAUAACACAAAACUUUUUUGUACCAGGUUGCCCCUGAAGAAACUGAUGACAACGAAGGAGCGAAAAUGGCUGUUAUCUGGGAUUUUGAGCCCACGACCGGUAUGACAGGAGCAGCAAUACAACCAGAAGAAAAACCAGCAGACCACAUGGUGUCCGUUCCGAGGCUUGCCUUCGAUGAAGUGUCGUGCAACUGCACUCAAUUUCCUGGCGUUGGUGACAUAGUUCGCACACCAGACACAGGAGCAAUUGCAGCACGGUUGCAAAAUCUCGAUUUAAGCGGUAUACCGGAUGCAUGUGGCGAUACAGAUGAUGAGAACGAUAAGGAAAGUGAGGAAGAGGGUACUCGCGAUGAAUCAAAUAGCGAAGCGGAGGAGGAAUUGUUUACAGAGUUGAUGCAGUUGAAAGGAAGCAGUUACCACGAUUCUUUUCAAAGUAGCCUCGAAAAGUGCAAGGAAAGAUUAUUGGAAAAAGAAAAAAUCGAUCUCCGUUUACAAUUCGAACCCACAAACGUUCGAGACGAGAACGCUAUAGUUGUCCAAGCAAGUUUGUCUGCAGGAGAAGGAGGCUGGCAAUCAAUUGGAUACAUCCCUGCUGUUAAAGUCCGCAAAGUCACUAUUGCUAUGAGAAAGCGAGAAGUAAGACUUGUCACCCUUAAAACUGUAUUUUAUCAAUUUGUUUUUGACAUUGGGCAAAAAAAUAUUUUCCUGCAAUUUCAGUGUCUAAGAUUGGCAGGUGGCCCCCUAACAAAAAAGACUACAAGUACAAUGACAAAAUUUAGGUUUUUAAAUAAUAAUUGA